AUAAAUAAUUUGCUCUGUCUGAAGAUUUUUUCUUGUUGCCAUAUUUACCCAUUCACAGCUUCCCCACAUCCCCCCUACCUAACCCAAAGGCAACUCACCUACUCCAUCCCUAAAUAAAUGAACUUCCCAUUUUCAUAAUCUGUUCAUCGGAUGAUGUGCCUUCUAUACCGCAAUUUCACAAAUAUUUAGACAUUUAUUACUACAAAGUUUAUAUUCCUUUAUUUGUCUGAAGAACUUUGCUCUAUUCUUUUUUUUCCAAAUGGGGGAACCUCAAGUAGAAAAGCAGCACAACAUUUCUUUUGAAGAGGAAGCGCGCUCUAACAAAGAACCAGAUAAUUAUAUGGCGAAUAAUUUGACUUCAUGGCGUGCAAAAUACAAAAGGUGGCUUGAAAUAGGCUUCCAUUCCAUAUUGGUACUAAUUUGCUUGUCAGUUGCAACACUACUAGGUGAACUUUACUAUAAGGAAGGUGGAAAAAGCACUUGGAUGAAUUCACUUAUCCAAACUGUUGGAUUUCCAGUACUACUUCCAAUUAUCUUCAUGAAAAACAAAGGGUCCCAAGUUGACACUACGCACAGUAAUAACAAGAAUCCAUCUGUUUGGAUGUUUUUAUUUGUCUAUGUUUUUCUAGGCUUUCUGUUGGGUGGAAGUUCUAUGUUGAAUGCUGUUGGACUAUUACACCUCCCUGUGUCAACAUUUUCCUUAAUUUCUGCUAGCCAAUUGGGGUUCAAUACCUUGUUCUCAUACUUCCUCAAUGCCCAAAAAAUAACAGCUUAUAUAGCCAAUUCUAUCAUCUUACUUACAAUCUCCUCAAUUCUCCUCGUCUUCCAACCCGAUGAUUCGUCGUCCGGCGGAUCGUCGAAAGGAAAAGGUUACGUAUUGGUAGGGUUCAUCUGUACUCUCUUCGGUGCAGCAGGGUACGCGUUGUUGUUAUCUUCAACGGAGCGAAUAUUCAGAAAUAUUAUGAAAAAACGCACCAUGAAAGAAGUGAUGAACGUUGUAAUUUGGCAAUCGUUUUUCGCCACUUUAAUGAUGCUCAUUGGCCUCUUUGCUAGUGGAGAAUGGAAGUGGAUAAGAUCAGAGAUGCAUGAAUACAAGCUUGGGAAAGUGUCAUAUAUUAUGACUUUGGUAUGGAAUGCACUGUCUUGGCAGAUUUAUACAAUUGGUCUACUCAGUUUGAUUAUGAAGGUAUCUGCAUUAUUUGCUAAUGUGAUUACUACAUUAAGUGUGCCACUAAUUCCAGUUCUUGCUGUCAUUGUUUUCCAUGAGAAAAUGAGUGGGGUGAAGGUAGUUUCAAUGAUUUUGGCUAUUUGGGGAUUUUUAUCAUAUGGUUAUCAACAGUAUCUUGAUGAAAUUAACCUCAAAGCUGAUUUGUCAAAGGCAAAAGAAGAAUCUGAAGUAUCACUUGUUGAAAGAGGAUUGAGUCGUAGAGCUUAAUUAAUAUUAAUUGUACAACAGAUUAAUCUUUCUUCCUUCAUUUUCUUAGUUGCUGUGACUGGGAUUGAUUAAUUAAAGCUUACGUCUAUAUCCAA